GUUCAAGCGAGUCGAGCGUUCUGAUCGUUGCCGUCGUCUUCCUUACAUUCACGAUUACGGUGAAGUCAUUGCUCCCACGCGUUCCCUACCUUCAUGAAAUUGCCGAGGAGCUUAGAGAUCCGUGAUCCAGUGAUCUACGCGUCUGGCAGAUUAGAUGAUGCUAUCAAUUAGGGACGAAGCAAUUAUCGUAAAUUCGAGAACAGACUCUUCGAUCAAUAUCUGGUUUUAUCUCAGCAUCGAAUUUUUAAUCGGCGCUGUAAUUUCUGGUUUCUUAAGUAUUCUUAAUGUCGUAAAAUUACUGCUGCCAAAACCACCAAGGGAUCUGACGGGCGAUGUAGUCCUAAUCAUCGGUGCCUCGUCGACGCUCGGCGAAUCCCUCACCGAGGCAUUUGCAAAGAGCGGAUGUUCCGUGAUCUGUGUGGAUAACAAUCUCAGAUACGUUGAAGAGAUAAUCGCCAGAUUAAAAUCGCGGUAUUGCAAGAUAGAGGAAAUCGGGCCAAAUCACAGAGAACACGAAGUCAAAAAUGAAAAGCCUGUAAUGAUGGCGUAUGAGUGCGAUCUGCUGGACCGUAAUACCAUUCGCGAGAUCGCCAGAAAGAUCGGGAACGAGAUUGGCGGUAUCGAUGUCCUAGUGACCUGUGCUGGUCAGCCUAAUCAAGAUAUUUUUAACAUGGCUAGCACGACUCUCAUGAGCCACUAUUGGAUGAUGCUGGCAUUUUUGCCCUUGAUGUUACAACGUAGUAGAGCGUACAUUGUCGGAGUUACACCGGUUGCGUCCACUCAAGAUGCAUACUUGAGCUCAAGAGCAGCGAUCGCCGGCUUAAUGGAAAGCGUGGGUCAGGAAUUGAGCGACCACAGUAGUCACCUCACCUUCCUAACUAUUUCACCGAUAGCUGAACGCGGUUGUACGAGACAAAAAGAGCAACAAGUGGCUGAGGAAGUUGUACAGGCGGUCAGCAGGGACCAGAGCGUUAUCGGUAUCAAUUGGUACUCAAAGAUGUUGUACAGAAUAAGUUGCAUGAUCCAUAGCGCAAUAAUGACGGUCACACAAUGGCUUCACACGCAGGGAUGCGAUUAUUCCUUUUAAAUUCCGUACUUGCUCAUGGAGCGUGAAGCAUUCCAAUGCCGACCACCGACAUCAACGUGGGAAUUUGUGUUUUCUGUUGGCGAAUUCGCUCGAGAUGGAUUGCAAAAUAUUUUAAUAGUUGUUGGGAAGAUGUGCAGCAAGUGAUAUUUCUCACGACUUGUGUAAAUCACAAUAAAUUUAUUCUGAUAUAUUUCAAUUAAUUAUUUGUAUAAUAAACACAAAUAUAAUAGCAUUAAAAAUUAACACAACAAAGAA